UAUGAUAAUUAUUGAUAAUUAUUACUCUAUGCUUUAUGCAACAUUGUGUUUUUUGCUUUCGCAGUAUUGUAGUAUCGCUAAUGUUGAUAGUAGCGAGUUGUUUAAUUUAAAUUCGAUAUUUUAAUACGUAAUGUGACAUUAUUUUUCAAAUUAGUUUGUCUGCCAACGCUUUAAAGAAUACCGGUGCAAAAUCUGUGGUUAAAAUAAUUAUUAUUAGUGCUAUACACCAUUUUCAUAUCUUACUUGAACUGCUCAACUCUGUAUCAACUUUCCACCGUUCGUAAACGGGUAUUAUGGAUACUAUUCAGAAAUACAAUAGAGAACAAUUAUUCUUUCAUGAACUUCUAAAAGACAUCCAGGAAGAUAUUCAUUUUUUAAAUGACUCGCCAGGCAAAGUUUACAUAACUUUAACGGAACAUUUAAAAAAUGUGAAUGGUAGAGUACCUGAUCCAUUUAAACCAGAAGAACUUGUUCAGAUGGAAGAAUGUAUAAGAGAUGCAGUAAAAGACCUGACCGAUCUUGAUCUUAACACUUACCUUUGUACUGGAGUUGUCAUUCUAUCAGAAUAUUUAGAUUCCCCAGAAGAUAUGUUUGAUUAUAUUGGAAAAUCCAAGAGACGCAUAUAAUUUGUACUUCACAGCUUAUUAAAAAAUGAUUUUUAGUCAUUAUAUUUAUCAUUAUGAUAUAUAACUUAAAUUAAUAAGUAGUUUAUAUUUUAAAGAUAAGUUUAUUAAUGAUGAAUUAGUAAAUAUGUAUGGUAUAGAAAAAAGCAGGAUGUAUAAAAUCAAGUUCUUUACUUAUUUUUAAUUCAAGUCACUAGUAAUAUUAACAGUAUAAAGUACAAAGUAAUAAUAAUUGUCUAAAUUUAAAGCAACAAAAUGUUUCCUAAAUUUGUUUAAAGUAUAGUUAGUAGAUAUUUAUAAAAGUAGAUUUUAUUUAAAACAUGGAAUAGAUAUAAAUUAAUUUGUCGUUAAUUCCAUUUUUAAUGGAAUAUUUAAAUGUAUAUACCUACAGUAUUAUUAAU